GAGUAAAAAGUGAGUCCCUCCAAAGAAUUACACAACUCUCCACUUUUCUUUCCCGUUUGCCUUCUUCCGUCAUUCAUUCGAUUUUGAGCAGUUAAGAACUCGCUCAGGGAAAUAUGAUUUUCUUGUGCUGGUCUCGUCCAUCUCGUCAAGAAGAGAAAGCAUGUAUCAACAAGUCAGGUGUUUUCAAUUAUGACAGUAGAUACAAAGGUGCUACAGCUAAGCCCGUGUUCAACCUUAAACAAGACAGAGAGCUCUCAGACAGUGGUUUUUUAGUUAACCAUGCCCGUAUUUUUGUGGGUUCGGGUCUCGAGACUUUUGAGAAAGGCAAAAGUGCACUUCAGAAUUGGAGGCAUUUUAGCUUGAAUUGGGCAUUUGUUGAUUCCAAGACUCGUAUUCAGAGUGGGGUGAAGUUUUGCGUGUGUGCAAAGGCAGUUUUGCCAUGGCUUUUGAUGCCUUUAGAAGUUGUCUACGUUGACGAAUCCAAGAACUCCAAAAAUGCAUUGGCCUCGUAUAGUUUCGGUAGUGGAACUCUUCAAGGACAUCUGCUGGCAGGGGAGGAGUGCUUCUCAAUAACGAUGGACGAGAAGAAGGACGUGUGGUAUGAAAUAGUUUCGUUUUCAAAGCCAGCCAAUUUUCUAUCGGUUAUUGGAUACCCUUACGUACUUUUGAGGCAAAAGCGUUUCGCUCGUGACUCUACAUUGGCAAUGCAGAAAUAUUUAUCUGCCGAUAUUGCCCCCUAGAGUGGAACCCGCUUAACGAUAUACCGAAGUUUCCGGUUUCGUUGGGGAUUGCGUGAAUUGUCUGCAGUUAAUAAACUGCGGUUAGGUACGAAGAGAGUUGGGGCUAUGGUGCGAUUUACGUGUUUUAGUAAUUUGCAGCAUCAGUUGUUGUGGUUGUGCAUUUGUAAAGUUUCUGUAAUUGGACUGUUUGGAUGUGCAUUAGACUUUAUUUGAUCUAAAAAUCAGAAAUGUUCUGAAUGCAAAAUGUCAUGUUUUCUAUAGAGAAUGUUUAUGGAUGUUAAAAAUUAAAUGAAAAUUUUAGAGCUAA